AUGGGUGCAAAAGGCUUAGGUUCUGCUUUAGCAAACUGUAUUAAUCUCUCAAAUUUAACACUUAGCCUUAUUAACAAUUAAAUUGGUGAUGUAGGUGUAUUAGGCUUAGGUUCUGCUUUAGCAAAUUGCAUUAAUCUCACAAAUUUGAUACUUGAUCUUUCUAACAAUUAAAUUGGUAAUGAAGGUACAUUAGGCUUAGGCUCUGGUUUAGCAUAUUGCAUUAAUCUCUCAAAUUUGACACUUGAUCUUUCUAGCAAUUAUAUUGGUGAUGUAGGUACAUCAGGCUUAGUUUCUGCUUUAGCAAAUUGCAUUAAUCUCUCAAAUUUGAAACUCAAACUUGAGUACAAUUAAAUUGGUGAUGAAGGUGCAUUAGACUUAGUUCCUGCUUUAAAAAACUACAUUAAUCUCUCAAAUUUGAAACUUUACAUUUAGUACAAUUAAAUUGGUGCAAUGGGUGUAUCAAACUUAGGUUCUGCUUUAGCAAAUUGCAUUAAUCUCUCAAAUUUGAAACUUAAUCUUCGUAGCAAUUCAAUUGGUGAUGUAGGUACAUCAGGCUUAGGUUCAGCUUUAGCAAAUUGCAUUAAUCUAUCAAAUUUGAAACUUGAUCUUUAAUAUAAUUAAAUUGGUGAUGAAGGUAUGUCAUGUUUAGGUUCUGCUUUAGCAAAUUGCACUAACCUCUCAAAUUUGAAGCUUUAUCUUUCGUAAAAACAGUUAAUUUGUUUUAGAUUGUGA